CUGAAGGAAGAGGCCGAGAUGAACGUUGAGCCCGAGAGAAAGUUUGGCGUGGUGGUGGUUGGCGUUGGCAAAGCCGGCUCUGUGCGGAUAAGGGACUUGCGGGACCCACAUGCUUCCUCGGCGUACCUGAACCUGAUUGGCUUCGUGUCCAGACGAGAGCUCCAGAGCAUUGAUGAAGUCCAGCAGAUUUCUCUGGAAGAUGCUCUUUCCAGCCAAGAGGUUGAGGUGGCCUACAUCUGCAGCGAAAGUUCCAGCCACGAGGGCUACGUCAGGCAGUUCCUAAAUGCUGGCAAACAUGUCCUCGUGGAAUACCCCAUGACACUAUCUCGGGCAGCAGCUCAGGAACUCUGGGAGCUGGCUGAGCAGAAAGGAAAAAUCCUACAUGAGGAGCAUGUGGAACUUUUGAUGGAGGAGUUUGCAUUCCUGAAAAAAGAAGUGGUGGGGAAGGACUUGUUGAAAGGAUCUCUCCUCUUCACAGCUGGCCCUUUGGAAGAAGAGCGGUUUGGUUUCCCAGCGUUCAGUAGCAUCUCUCGCCUGACCUGGCUGGUCUCCCUCUUCGGGGAGCUUUCUCUGGUGUCUGCCACUUUGGAAGAGAGAAAGGAAGACCAGUACAUGAAGAUGACUGUGUGCCUGGAGACCGAGAACAAACGCCCGCUAACAUGGACUGAAGAGAAAGGGCCUGGCCUAAAACGCAACAGAUAUUUGAGCUUCCAUUUCAAGUCUGGGUCCCUGGAGAAUGUGCCCAAUGUAGGAAUCAAUAAGAACAUUUUCCUGAAAGAUCAAAAUAUAUUUGUCCAAAAACUCUUGGGCCAGUUCUCUGAGAAAGAGCUGGCUGCAGAGAAGAAGCGCAUCCUGCACUGCCUGGGGCUUGCUGAGGAAAUCCAGAAACACUGCCGCCCAGAGAAAUAAAAUGGUGGGGUGUGGGGGCAGUGGCACUUUCGCCACUAGACUGGAGCUUUGUUAUAUCAAGACCUGAUCUUUAUCUUUAUUAUAACAAUUAAACACGUUUUCUUGGGUAAACAGAAUUUGCUUAUUGUCAUGAGCU